UUGAAUGACCUAGCUCUAGGACCUGUCUUACACAAGGGUAACUUUUCAUCCUCUGGACUUGUGUACAGUGUAACAGAAAAUGAUGGCUGUCUUCAAACUCUUAGUAACUGUCGACAUAGUUUUGGAGUCUCAUUCUGGUUGUAUGUUGUCAACAUAACUGAUUGUGUUGUCAUAGAUACAGUAACUGAUGGUACAACAGGGAUGAUAAUAUCCGUUACAAAUAAUAAUGAAACCGCCAUUUCAGUAACAGUAAAAGAACUUAACUAUGUGACAUACAGUGAACUACCUGUGCCUUUGGACAAAGAAUGGAAUCAUAUCAACAUUGUCUGGCAAAAAUAUGUCAGCUUGAAAUUCUUCAUAAACUUCCAUCUGGUACAUACUGUAUCCCCUACCAAACAUGUACCAGUGUUCCCAGCGACUGUAAACGACAGUUUGUCAUCAUCUGUGGCUAUUGCGAACUGCACAUUGGAACUCAAUUCCACUUUACUGAUUAAAGAUUUAAAAUUUGGUACUAAUCUGAAGGAAGACUGGGAAAACAAAAUGAUAGAUGAUACACCAAGAUAUAUAGACUUCAAUGAACCAAAGACAAAAUCUAAGACCAAUGUCCAUGUGAUAUUAGAUAACAGUUUGGUAGAAACCUACUGGAGAAACUCAUUAUUCCUCACAGCAGCCAAGAUAGAUAACCCAGCAGGACUGGUUCCUGCCAUACAAGUACCAGAGCAAAUGAUGAACUGUUUCUCUAAUAAUGAUGCCUGCAGAAGUUCAUUUACCCUAUCUCUAUGGCUGUAUCCAAGAAACUUCUACCAAGAUCAGACUUUCCUGUAUUCUGGAGUGCAAUCACACACUGAAGGUGAAAUAGAAUACACCAGGAUCUGGUAUGACACCACCCUUGACAAGUAUUACAUGUCAUUGCAGUACGACAAGACUAAGGUUGUGUUUGAUUUCUAUAUCUACCUGUUUGAGUGGUCACACAUUGUAUUGUCAGCUGAUUUCACCAUUCAACAGUUUGACAUGUACAUAAAUUCACAGCUAUUACUACCUAGUGCCAGGACUAUCACAUUUGUUCCGAAUCGUGUAAUACCUGUGUACAGAAACUCCUUCCUAAGAAUUGGUGAUGUGGGCACAUUUGACAUUGAUGAUUUGAAGUUCUUUCCUUAUGCCACAGAACCUUCUGGAAUGUAUGUGUUGAAGUCUUGUCAUGAAUAUAUGGUAGCGGGUCUCACUGGAGUUAAGAAUGAAAGUAUUGAUCCUGAUAUAUUAGAUAGCUUUCAGAAUCGGACAGUUGAGGAAUGUAACCUAGACUUGGGUUACAAUGGAUUUCACUUUUCUAUGGAUGUGAAUGAUACUGUUACAAAUUCCAUUGGAUUGAAUACAACCAUCAAUUACCUUGAUGUUGACAAUACCAUCAAUCUACCUGUUAUUCACUACGAUGGAUUGUACCUCAAUCAAACUGGCUUUAACAUCACUGGUUUACAGAGCAUUAAAUGCUUCUACGAUGUGAAAUAUUGUUUCUUUGGCUUCUCAUUCUCUGCCUGGAUCAAGGUUAUUGAUGUGUCUCCCUCAUCAGGGAAAGUGACCUUGUUUGAGAUGGGAGGGGAUGUUACUCAGAAUGAGAACGGUAUUAGUGUAUCUUGUGUCAAUACAACAGAUGUUACCAAACUCAACUGCAGUGCAAUCGUUCUUAAUGGAACUGACAGCUGGACUGUAGAGUUCUCUAUAAUGAAAAAGCAGUUGUUACAUUUGACCUUGACCUGGAAUCCACAUUUGACCCUCAUUGUAGCACUGAAUGGUCAUUCCACGGCUGAUUUUGGAAGAUAUCCAGAACAUAUGUCAAUUACAGAAGCUUCCAUCCCGGGAGUUAGUAGACCAGUUACUAUUGGCUAUUCAGUAUAUGAACCAGACAAUGUUGGUGAAUUAAUUGUUGAUGAACUUACUAUAGUUGAUAAUUUCUUGGAAAAUGUUGAAAUCAAGAAACUCUUUGGUACUAAACAUGAAUGUCCCGAAGGCUGGGAGUACAUUAAAGUAUCUGACAAAUGUUACUAUCUAUCUACUGGUACAGCUAUAUACACAUCAGCUUGUACAGCUUGUACCAGUAUGGGGGCCACUUUAGCUCAACUGCCAAACUUGGCAACUAGAACUGCCUUACAGGAUUUUAUGUUUUCAGUAUUUCAAAUGCAACAGUCUGCAUGGGUAGCCCUUACACAGUUACCGAGGGCUGUAGCUGCAUUCCCUAUCCGACAACCCAAUGGGAAGAUACCAGACUUUGCAGAUGUAUCGUUGAUACAGUUUCCUGGGACACUUGCAAUGCCUAGAUGUGCUAGAUUAUUCUCUCAGACUGGAACAUUUGAGGAUGCUCUUUGUUCGACUAAUAUCUAUUAUAUAUGUGAACAACAACCAAUGUAUGUGAAAGAAACCCCAUUCUACAUCAAUGGCACCAAUCUACAUGAUACUGAAUAUGAUGUGAAAGGUCAAAUAUUAAUACACAGAGGAGUUACAAAUGAAAGCAUGCUGUUCAAUCAGUCAUAUAUAGAAAUGAUCCAUGCUGAUGACUGUAUGUCUAACUUUGAUUAUUGCCAUAAUGGACUAACGAUAAAAUUUUGGCUAAUGACGAUCGGAAAUAUAUCUCUGUCAUCAAAACAAGUUGUGUAUUCGAAUAUGAAGUCAGAAAAUUCUCAUGGAAUAAGUAUAUACGUAACAACUGAUUUAAGUCACUACCUGCUUGGUGUAGAUGUUCGUAACAAGAUCUCCUACAUGACAACCAAAGUAUCAGUAUCGUCAAAUGCAUGGACAUAUGUUGUAUUGAGCAUAACUUUAGAUUCUCAAGCUGUUAUUUACUUGAAUGGAGAACUGGCUGUUCCCAUCACUUCAAACACUAACAUGACUGAUGUAUCGAUAAGGAGUUUUGGAGUAGCUGCCGAUAUCACUUUAGGAUCUGGAAUUAACGGCACAAACCAAGGGCUUAUAAUGAUGGAUAACCUAACAUUCACAGAGUCCAGUAAUUUAAUGGUAUUGCCUCUGAAACAAGAUGUGUAUGAAUUUUUCCCAAGAUUCCAACUUCCAUUUGAUGAUGUAUCAAAGAGGAUACCUAUUGAUGUUGGGAGUACAUCAUGGUGUGGUGAAGGAUACAUUGGAAAUGCUAUAUUUAGUAACUCUUCAUCUCCUACCAUGACAGAUUUCAUUGGACAAUUUGCAUGUGAUUGUUUUGGUUCACAGAAUACUUGCCUUGAAGGAUUUACAAUGUUUGUUUGGAUAAUGGCACCAAGUUACACAACGGACUACAUCAUAUUUGAUAAUAUGAAUGUCAACACUGGUAUUAGGAUAGAUUUUAGAACAUUUGAUUUUUCCCGUACCAAUAAAAUGUGGCUUCAUAUUAAACAAGGUACAACCAUUGAAAAGCACUACCCUUUUGACCUUGAACCAGAAACCUGGUCUCACCUUGGUGUCACUUGGUACAUAAAUGGAACAACUUUAUUUACUGUAAAUGGUAUUUUAAUGACUGAUGAAAUUCUCCAAUCUAUGACACCUGUUCCAGGCUUGGACCCAGUGACAAAGCUACAGAUAGACAGCACUAUAGUCAGUACAGGGGUACCAGUGAAUAUGAAGGGUGGUGUUGAUGAGUUAAUGGUCAUCAGAAGUCCCAUCAAUCAACUGGAUCUAAUACAAUUUUAUGAAAAUUCAACCUUUCUACACAAGGAAGCCUACUGCUCAUUUGAUGACAUGGGAAAUUAUUUGAAUACCUCAUCAGUGAUUGCAGGAGUAAUGAAUAAUGCUGCUCGAUUAGUAUCUGGGAUAGAUUCUAUCAAUAUGACAUCAGUAGUUGACACAGAUAUGUGUUUCUUUGACAUCAAUAAAUGUGUUCAUGGCUUUACCAUCAGAUUUGCCUUCAGAUUGGUCCUAGAUCUUGAUGUUGACCAAGUUAUCAUGACAACAGGAGGAGACAACUCAGAUGGAUUAGGUUUUGCCUUGACCUUCACAGCAAGUAAUACAAGUUUACCAUUCAGAAGAUACUUCCAAGUUGAUGUAAGACAAUCAAUAAAUGAGUACACCACCUGGUUUAAUAUCCAAUACGAUAUCUGGACAGAUUUGUUUAUAACAUGGCAUCCUAGUUUUGGUAUAAGAGUUUUUAUAGAUGGCAUCCUGGCAAUAUGCGAUUUCUCCAUACAACAGGCUAGAUUGUCACCUCCUACAAUACUUGAGCAGACCUUCAUUAUUGGUCAAGAAAAUGGUGACUCUGUUGACCUUGGAAUGUUUGACAUUGAUGAACUCGUUAUUCUAGAUGUUUCAGUGUUUGGUGAAGAAAUACUACAAAAUGGAGCUGGAUUAUGGAGACACCAUGUCCAUAAGACACCUGAAGCAGAUCUGAUACAACAGUACACAGAGGUUACGAGAGACGAGUGUUAUCAGUACUGUACAGAUCGACAGUGUGACAGUUAUACCGUCUGUGAUAAUGAAUAUUACGGUACCUGUAACUUGUAUAGCAAUACAACCAACACCACAUUCAAUGACCAGUCAUGUGACUUAUUUACACGAUACCUUUUGGAUUUUUUCCCAGUACAAGAUGCAGGAUGCCUUUCCAAUACGUCUGUUUCCAUAGCAACAGUUCUAUCAUCCUCAAUGGACUCCAAUACAUCUGUUUCCAUAGCAACAGUUCUAUCAGCCUCAAUGGACUGUUCAUGGUACUGCAAGAACAUCUCCUACAUGUACAGCUAUGUUAUUUCUACAACAUGCUACUGUUUAAACCAUGAUGAAGAUAUUGUACAGAUUUUUGAUUCUGAGAAUUUAACAAUUAUAAAUGAUUGCCUCCAUGACCAGAAAAUUCAGCAAGCAACCGGUUUGAGGGAUUUUAUACAACCACUGCCAAUCAUAUUUUUUAACGUAACUUCAUCGCCAGGACUAUUUUUACUACUAAACGAGACUUUGAGUCUAAACUUUAAAGUUAAUGACAAUACAUAUGCAGGUUACAAAGUGGAUGCAGGAGAUGGCAGAAAUGUUAAUUACACAUCUUACAACACAACAGAGCUCAGAUUUCAUACUCAAGGUUUCUACUUUGUGCAAGUUACAGCUAUGAAUGAAAUAAGUUCUAUCAUUGUUUAUGUCAAUGUUACAGUAUUUAUACCAGUAGAGGGCGUCGUUAUAAACAAUACCAAGAUCGUAGCGACCAAUUCUGCUGAACAGAUCAUUAUUAAUAUUCAGCAAGGUACUUUGAUAACAUGUGACAUUGAUUUUGGUGAUGGGACCAAUGACACCAUGUUCCAGCCCAACUCAUCUAUACCAUUUAUCUUCACUCAUGUUUAUACCAUUGAACAGCAUGCAGACAUCAAUGUUACUUGUUUUAAUGAGUUGUCUCAGGAAUAUAAUGCUUCACUUCUCAUUGCUAUUGAUCCUAUUGUUAACUUAUCAAUGAUGGCAGCAGGUUCCGUUAUUUUUGGACAGAAUGUAUCGGUAGAUUUAUUCUUUGUUCAGGGAUCAAACAUUUCUAUGGAUAUUAAAUGGAAUAAUAUCACUGUGUUGAAUCCAUUUUAUGCUGAUCCAAAUGGUACCAUAUCAAUUAAUGUUGUUCAGGAAAUAUACAACACAACCGGAGAACAUCAUCUGAAUAUUACAGUAUGGAAUCCAGUUUCAGGUCCGUUUCAUUUGUCACACAUUGUAUAUAUUGACCUUGUCAUUUUCAAUGUCAGUUUGAACUUUAAAAAGUUUGUGAAAGUCAAUGAUAACGUUUCUUUUGAAUUAGCAAUUCAGGAAGGAUCCAAUAUGUACAUACACCAGAACUUUGGGGAGAGUAUACAGAAUGAUACAAUAUUCAUAGACGAUGAUGAUGGCAUAAAUAAUUUACUGAGUUAUAACAUCCAUGCCUAUACCAGUCCAGGGGAAUACCUUAUCACAUAUUAUUUAGAGAAUUCUGUGUCAAAUAUGACAGUAGUUGAGAUCAUCUAUGUUGAAGUACCUGUAAAUAAUGUUACUAUGGUUACAAUUGAUGUAGAAGACCCGUAUGACUUUGUAAAUUUCACAUUCAAAAUAAACAAUUCUCUACUGCCUCCUACAAAUGCAUUCAUGAAUAUAAGUUUUGGAGAUGAUGAAUCAUUAGACGAAUUUUCAGUAGAAUUUCUUGGAACUUCAAUGACAGUAUUACACAAUUACACAUUGAAUGGUUUCUACACGGUUCACGUCAACCUAUGGAAUAAUGUAAGUUCCAUAAAUUUUACACAGAUUGUGAUGGUUGGAAGACUAAUAACAAACUUAACUGUUACGCCAAGAUUAGUAUAUGUCCCAGUCGGUGAACUAUUCAGUAUAGCCCUAGACGUAGGAACUGGAUCUCAAGUCAGCUAUAGGCUGGAUUUUACCGAUGGGACUAUCAAUUCAACAGAGAAUAUUUACACUGUACCAAAUGCUGGCUUCUUAUUUGAAAAAUCGUUUGACCAAGUUGGUGUGUAUGAAGUCAAUAUAUUAGCAAAUGGUUCUUUUAAUAGUGAAAAACAGAAUGUCACAAUUUAUGUUCAGGAAAAAAUACUGGGCAUGGCAGUCUUAUCACGUCAUAUUGGAAAAAUGAAUUAUCCAUUCUAUUACCAUAUUAAUUUAAAUGCGGCUGGUACAAACAGUUGUUUUGUUUUUGAUAUGGGUAAUAAGACACAACUUGUUGGAGAUUAUUUCUGUCAGUCAAAGCCAGAAUACUUUGGAAUGAAUUUUACAUAUGCUGUGGGAAAUCCAAUUGUAUUUUACUUAGAAUUUGACACACCAGGAGAAUACAAUAUGGUAGUAAAUGGAUCAAACGAAGUGUCGUAUGAAAUAUUUAAAAAAAUGUUUGUUAUAUUACAAUUUCCUUGUACUUAUCCUGAUGUUAAGAUCUAUGGUUUGUCCCACAAUGUUGUAAAUCCAACUAAAGUUUAUGCGUCAGAUAAUGCGGUCAUUAGAGCUGUGUCAGACACAUACUGUGAUCCCUUACAGACAGUACUAUUUGACUGGACGAUUAGUCCUAUGGACCCAGGUAUGGAUGAGGUCACGUUAGACACAUCAACGUUACCAUAUCUUAUUCUCCCAGCAAAUUCAUUAGACUAUGGAUUGUAUCAAGUUAAUGUGACAGUUCUGAUCCAGGAUUAUUUAGAAUUUAAUGACACAGAUACUACUUACAUUGAAAUUAAACAAACUCCACUUGUACUUCUGAUGAAGGGAGACGAUUUACGUACUAUCAGGUCUGGUUCCCCACUGGUAAUGAAUGCUUCUUGGUCUUAUGAUCCUGAUUUUCCACUGAAAGGGAUCCAGUAUAAUUUCACAUGGUAUUGCUGGUACCCUUCAUCUGAUCUUUACGAAUUCAAUAUCAGUAAUAUUGUGUUACAUGAAAUUGGUUCAGCCUCUUGUUUUCCAACAUUAGACCUGGCAAAUGCCAACUGGACAGUAUUGACCAUACCUAAUGCCUUAUUGAAUGGUACAGACUAUUAUUUUGUUGGAAAGAUGACUAGUGGAAACAGAUUAGAAGCCAAAGCACAACAAGUGAAGAUUCUAGGAUCAGAUCUACCAGAACUAGUAUUAAAAUGUAUGCAGAACUGUGUAGAUGUAGUUAGUCCUUCUAAGCAUGUAAGAUUCAAAGGACUUUGUGAAACCUGCACUCAAAAAAACAGACUAGGUAUUGAUUACAAUUGGAGACUUUUUAAACUAGGAGCUUUUGGUCCAGUUGAGAUUAUAGACUUUGCAACAUGGACAGACACUGGUGUUAAAGGUGCAAAUAUAAGGAUCAACAAAGGCUAUUUAAAGCAAGGACAGGAUUAUCUAAUACAAUUAGAAUCAGGAGCAGCUCACACUGUAAAACACCUACAUGUUGCAUUACCUCCGUAUGAUGGCUCAUGUCGGAGUGACAUUACUGUGGGUCAAGCUUUCAGUAGCAAGUUCACGUUCAGUUGUGGAGGCUGGUUAGAUGAAGGUACAAGACCAGCUAGAGAUCCUGAUGUAGACAGUACCUACCUGUAUGGUUAUACCUUCACAUUCUCCUAUCAAGUAAUGGAUGCCACGGAGAAUCCAAUAGUGCCAUUUUUCCAAGUGUCAGGGUCAGAGGUGGAUACACCAGGAGUUGUCUUACCACCUGGGAAGAUGGAAUAUGAUCACAUUGUGAAAAUCAUUGUUGAUGUCACUGACAAACAGAAUUGUUAUACUAACUGGACUUUGGAUGUUCAGGUUACACCAUUUUCAGAAGACAGUGGUCAUGAUGUUAUGGAAGGAUUUGAAAAUAAUGUCUGUGUUCGGGAAAAAGAUAUGUCCUGUAUAUUAACCUUUUGUGAUGGUCUUGCUGACACUAAUACAUCACAUGUGAAAGAUGCAAAGUUGAAAGAUGAACUUAUUAACAGCUUGUUUAACAAUAAAGAUUUGAUACAAGAUGGUUUACAUAUGAAACAGACCACUUCAGUCCUUUCUAAAUUGACAGAAUCUACUGAGGAAAUGUCUAUGGAGUCACAGGCUCAAAUGAGAAAUUUGUUUACUGGUAUGGUAUCGUCUGCACAGACAACUUUGUCACCAAUGUUGUCAUUGGAAGAAAAAGAGAACAUGGCUUCAGAUUUAUUAUCAAGUGUUACUAGGUUUUGUCAGAAUACAAAGUAUCCUCCAGAAUGUACCUCAGGAGAUUGUGACCAGAAACUAGUACAGGGUAAUUUUGCUGUGGAGCUAAUUGAUAUACUGCAUAAUUUAACGGGCCUGUUGUUACAAGGGAAUGUUGCCGGAGAAUCAUCAACAGUUAUCCACGUAGCUGCUGGUAACACUAAAUACCAGGCCCAGAGGAGAGAAUCAUUCAGUCUGAUUAACAUGACGAUGGAUUUUGCCGAGUUCAAAACAAUAGUGACAAAAUCAUUACCAGAGGAGGUCACAGAAUUAGAAACAGUUGAUUUAGAGAUGAUGACAUCAGAUAAUUUGUACACUGUUGACCAGAGCACUUCCAGUGUCAAAUCUCAAGUGACAACAUUUGAAUUAUUAAAGGAUGCCGGGGAAAGGAUUAAAGUGGCGGAUCUACCUGCUGAGAUUGAGGUGUACAGCUAUCCAAAUGGAUUAAACGAUUUAAAUUAUACAUAUGUCAAUUUAUCAGCCACUACCGAUUCACCAAUGUUCUUUAUUGAACUAAGAUUAAAUGAGACUAACGUUGUACCAGUGUUGAUUGUGAGACCAGAUGAUACAACUGCUAAUAUAACCUAUUAUGUCAGAAAGGGUGGUAUACCAAGUCAAAGUACAUAUGAUAUAAAGGGCUUUAUUUUGACUGACUCAGAGGUUGAAGACAGCACAAAUAGUUAUUUGGUUAAAAUGGAUAUAUCUGGUUUAUGGACAGGCAGAGAAAGAUUACCUACAAAUGUCUAUAUUGGACUGGAGGCUGAUUACAAUAUAACAGAAGUUUCACCAAUGGCUGAGGUAGCAGUUCUUGUAUUGGGAUGUUACUAUUGGUCCGAGCAGGAUAAACAGUGGAGUCAAAAAGGGGUAAAACUUGGACCAGUAGACAAUACCACAGGUGUAGCUUGUCAAACCAAUCACUUGUCAGCCUUUGGUAUGAACAUGUUUGUACCACCUAACACUAUAGACUUCAGCACAGUGUUCUCCAAGUUCUCAACAGACAAUCUAGCAGUGUUGAUUACAGUUGGUUUGGUACUGUUGGCAUAUUUCCUUCUACUUAUUCCAGUUAUAAGAGCAGACAAGAGAGAUUUCAAAAAGUGGGCCAUAUAUCCACUAACAGAUAAUGUUAUGACUGAUGUUUACCACUAUCAAGUCUCCGUGUACACAGGUGUAAGACAGAAUUCAGGCACUACAUCCAAGGUCUACUUUGUAUUAGGUGGGGAAGAUGGAGAUACAGAGGUCAGACUACUGCAAGAUCAAGAGAAAAGGCCAAUGUUGAGUGGCAGUGUAAACAAUUACCUGUUGAGUGUACCUGAACCUCUGGGUAACCUAUUAUUCCUCAGGAUUUGGCUUGAUAAUACCAAGAUAGAUGAUUGGUUGUUAAACAUGAUACUGGUCAGAGAUGUUCAGUCAGGGGAAAGAUAUGCAUUUUUAUGCGAUAAAUGGUUUGCAUUUGAUAAAGGUCAAGGUCAGAUUGAUCAUAUGAUACCAGUAGCCAGCGCUGAAGAAAUGCAAUCUUUUGGUCAUUUAUUUUUCUCCAAGACAAGAAAGGACAUGACUGAUGGUCAUCUUUGGUUCUCUGUAGCCUCCAGACCUUUACAUAGCACCUUCACCAGAGCUCAGAGGCUUUCAUGUUGUCUGUCGCUACUUUUCAUGACUAUGAUCACCAAUUGUAUGUGGUAUAAGUCAGAUAGUAAUGAGGGGGACAUGUCACAGAAUGUUCAUCUAGGACCAUUUACAUUCUCCUCACAGGAGUUCUUUACAAGUUUGUUUGGCACUUUGAUCGUAGUUCCAUUUAAUUUGUUGAUUAUAACACUGUUUAGAAAGAGUAGACCUCACACUCAUGCAUCAACUGUUCAAGUGGAUAGUAAUUACAAGGAAGAAAAGAGACGAGAUAGUAUGGCACAGUUCAAUAGGGAGCUAGAUUGUGCGUCACCAAGCAAUAUUGAUCCUAGGUUUACCCCAUCGCCACAACCUGCUUGGAAUGAGAAGACGACAGAGAAGGAAAGAAAACACGAAGAAAAUACAAAGAAGAAAGGCAAAUCCAAGUACCCUUUGCCUCAUUGGUGUAUAUAUAUUGCUUGGGUUAUGUUUGCACUAUCAGUGUUAGCAGCAGGCUUUUUUACAGUGUUAUACAGUAUGGAAUGGGGGUCCAACAAAUCUUCAAAAUGGCUGACCUCUUUCCUGUUGUCGUUUAUUGAGUCCGUUAUUCUGGUCCAGCCAUUAAAGGUGAUAGUUUUGGCCAUUGUUAUAGCAUUAGUGUUAAAGACAGUAGAUGCAGACGACAGUGUAGAAGAAGUGUUUCUGAUUGGAGGGAGUCCAAAGACAAGAGUUUAUCCAGAGCAUCGUCAGGAGUUUGUACAUGAUCCUGUAGAUGUAGAAAACAUAGUAGAAGCCAGAGAACACAGACUUAAGAUGAACAGAUUGUUUGAAGUCAUACGUAAAAUCUUUAUUUAUGUCGUUUAUCUCAGUGUGGUUGCUGUCUUGGCGUACGAGAACAGAGAUGCCAAUUCUUAUCCAACUUACAGAAAUCUAAAUGACAUAUUUAUCACUCCUUCAACCAAAUACGACAAAAGUUUUUCAAAUCUUCAUUCUACCCGAGAUUUUUAUGAAUGGAUGGAGAAUAUUGUCCUGCCAGGCCUGUACUCCAAUGGUUGGUUGAAUGAUUCUAUAACAGAUUUAGAACCUUUCAUCAUUGACAAUACUUUCUAUAGACUGGGAUCACCAAGGAUCAGACAGGCUAGAAUUAGAAAUGAUGAUUGCAAAGCACCUAUACAGAUACGUGACUACAUGAAUGACUGCUAUCCAUCUUAUGGAACCAAAACAUAUGAAUCUAGAAAUUAUGAGGAGAGUUGGGUGGAGGUAACUACCAAUACCUCAUCAGAUGAGGCAUGGAUCUAUAAAGAUACAUUUGACCUUGACGGAAUGCCAACUGUAGGUCGUUAUGCGUCCUACAGUGGUGGAGGUUAUGUUGUUAACCUUGGAGCUUCUACUAAAACAGCCAAUGACACUUUACAAUACAUAAAGGAAACAAAGUGGAUAGACAAAAAGACAAGAGGAUUGUUUAUAGAGUUUAAUCUUUUCAAUCCAAAUGUCAAUUUAUUCUGCGCUGUCAUAUUACUGUUAGAAUAUCCACCAACUGGAUCGGUGUUUCCAUACUGGGAAGUCAACCCAAUAGUGAUGUACAGAUAUGUUGGUCCAAGUGCUGUUUUCCUGUUCGUGUUUGAUUUUAUAUUUGCAGCAUUCACAUUGUAUUACUUAAUAGAAUUUAUCAAAGAACUGAGGAAAAAAGGAUGGCGAGGCUAUUUUACUGGAUUGUGGAAUGUCGUUGACUUUAUAAACAUUAUUCUCUCUAUUAUCUGUUGUGCAUUCUAUGGUAUGCACUUUGUAAUUACUAAAUUAGUUCUGGAUAAAUUUCAUAAGAACAGAGAUGAUUUUAUCAACCUACAGAGAAUAGUGAUAUGGGAUCAGCUGUUUGGUAUAAUUAUUGGCUUUGUAUUGUUCUUAUCAAUGCUUAAGACUCUACAGCUAGUACGAUUCAAUGCCAAAAUAUCACAGCUAUACGGAACCAUCAAAAAGUCAGCAAAACCAUUGAUAAACUACAUGAUUGUGUUCCUGGUAUCAUUUACUGCUUUUAUAUCAUGUGGAUAUCUUCUGUUUGGUCCACAUGAUUAUGAAUAUUCAUCGUUCAUACGGACUACGGAGACACUAAUGUCAAUGCUGAUGAUGAAAGUGAACAUUGAUACUGUCCUGAUCGUCAGUGGAUUACUAGGAUCCCUUUACAUCUUUAUCUUUGUGUUAUUUGUGGUGUUUAUAUUACUUAACAUUCUCCUCAGUAUCAUCAAUGAAGCAUUUGCCGAAAGUAGAAGGGAUCCCUCAUGUAGGUCAGAUGACCCUCAAAUGGUGGAUUUCUUGCUCAGUCAACUUAAGACAUUGAUAUGGGGCGCCACAGAAACUAAACCACAAAAGAAUAAGGAUGUGAUAGACCAUAUGGACAAAUUAGAAAGAAGAAUGGAUCGCUAUUUUAUUCGCUUUCUAGCAGACGAGAAAGAAAAUCCAUAUUAAUAUAUGUAUAUGAAUUGGAUAAACUAAAAGUUUUAUAACCCUAUUGGGAAAUUGAAAAUUAUGAUAUUUAUCAUUUAUCAUAGGUUUUGAUUUUGGAAUCAUAACCUACUUUAUUGUAUAUGCAUAGGACAGUUUCAUCAUUGUGUCAGGCAUUUAAUUUUUAAUUUUACAGAAUAAAAAAAUUAGAUAGUUCUGACAAUACGUCCAUUUAAACAACAAUGUUAUUUUAACUUUGGCUUUAGAUUGGUUUUCACAACUUUGUAGUAUUCUAUCUGUAAACUUUGUCUGUUAAACAAAGUAAGUGCCAAAUUUAUUAUUGUUGACCUUUGUAAAUUUAAAAAAAGUUUCCACAAGUUUGAUGAACAAAGUAGAAUUAGAAACAGGUUUUGUGUUUUCUUAGGUAUUAAAUUAAUGAAAAAGCAAUCACCCCAAACAAAUAAUUUCUAAUUUCUGUAGAUAAAAUUUGAGUUAUCCUAGAUUCAUGUAAUUAACAUUAGAGACAUGAAAGGACAAACGAAUCUCUUACUUCUAUGGGGGCUAUAUGUUCCUGUAAUUGUACAAAACUAAAGUGUAAUUGUCUUUUUUAUUUGUCUUCAAUAAUAAUAAUGACUUUGACCUUUUUCAGAGAGGAUGUUUCAUUUUUCUUCAUAAUGCAUGAUAGAUAAAAUUGUAUUGAA